AUGCCGUCCGCGCUCGCGAGCCAGCUCGCGAACAUCGCGUCGCUCGAUGCGGACCGCCUGACGUCCCGCACCGGAGCGCCAUCCUCCAAAUCCUACCUCUUCCCCAUCGCCGUCGCGGCUGAACAAGACCUCGAUGCCGUUCACGCCCUCGGCCUCUCCGGCUUCGAGGAGCUCCUCCAGCUCGACCCCGGAAUGGAGGCGUUUGAGGACGAGCUGUUCUCUGACACUGCUCGUCGUAUCGACCGCAUGAUACUCAGCGCCGAAGAAAAUGCCGCACUCGAUGUGACGCUCGAACGCUGUCUCCGCCGUCUUGGGCGGUGGAUCGGCAUCAUGGCCGGAGGCAAGUGCGUCGAGUGGCUGGUCCGUCGCUUCCGCGUACACGAGAUGAACUCCGAAGCGCUUCUUCAGACCUUCCUUCCCUACCAUGACUCGCAGAACUUUGCGCGCAUGCUCGCCAUCCUCUCCCUUCCCCAGAGCUCGCCUUACCACGCCCCUUUCGCCCCACUCAUCAAGAAGGCCCAGCCAGUGCCCAGAGAGUACAUCACCAACGCUGUGUCAUCGGCACGCGACCCUAGCCUCCGCCUCCUCAGCAACCUCGUUGGGAGCGUCCAGGCUGCCCUCGAGGAAGGUGUUACCCACCGCGCCCUCCUUGCCUUCUGGAGCGCGACGCUCGUCGAUCUCAUCCAGCGUGCGCGUACUGGCGCUGGCGGCCGCAUGCCAGAGGGCGUCGUCAAGCUCUUAGUUGAGGCAUUCGCCUUCCUCCUUUCCGCCCACAAGGCCGGCCCCGAGGUCAACGCUGCCGUGUAUGCCCCGCUCGUGCUCCUCACCCGCACAGUCUACCUCGCCGAGGCGCCAUUCGCCGCCAUCGCCGACGCUCUCCUCACACCAGCCACAGGUGCGGACUCCGGUCAGCGCCUCCUCACGACGCUCGUCGUCCUAGACCAGCGCAAAUCGUUCGCCGGCUUCAGCCACGGUGCCGCGGCGCACCUCACCUCCAUCCCCCAGCUCGGCGGCCUGCUCAUCGCCGCGAUGGAGAAGUACGGCUUCGAGACCGCAAUGCAGGCUGUCGUUGGCGCGCUCGGUGACGACGUCGCCGAGGCCAAGGACGUCCUGACCACCCUCGUCGACCACACCGCCCUCCCGGUUUCCGUCGUCAACGUCCUGGCGGCUAAGCUUCUCGCCGCUCCGGCCGACCAGCACGAGACUGCGCGGGCGCUCCUCAGUGUUCUGAAGCAGCGCCACCCUCACAUCAUCGACAACGCCGUCCUUGAGGCUGGUACUGUCGACCCUGCGCUUGUGCAGUGGUCAAGCGCCGAGACGGCCUUCGUUGACGUCCACUCUGCCGACGUCUCUGACCGCGUUAGUGGUGUUCGCGAGAUGUACGCCGUGGCCGAGGCUGCGAACCUCACUGCAGCCAAUGCUGCAGAGAUCCUCAAGGACGAUGAGGACCUCCAGUCGGCGCAGACCGCGAUCGUGGCGCGUCUACGCGAUACCGAGCCUGCAGUCCUCGAGGCCGUCUACGCAAAGCCCGAGCUCCUCCUCGCCCUCCUCACGGGCCUGAGUUAUGUUGACAUCGUUGCGCCCACGUUCGCGGCGGUCAAGGUCGAGCGGGACGCGCUCAGCCUCCACCUCGCCUUCAUUGGCGCCCACGUCACCAAGCCUGAGGACGAGCGCAAGGUGUUUGAGCAGCUUCUGCUCCCCAAUCUCCUUUCCACAGAGGAGCGCCGCGUCUUCGGCCCCGAGCAGUGGCCCGCGGUUGUCAAGGCGUGCCGCUUGCUCGACCGUGUCAAGGGAGAUAUUCCCCUCAACGCGUCAAAGGACGUGCUCGUCAAGUUCAACCAGGACCUCAUCAACAACCUCGCGGCGGCCAUCGCGUCCAGCGGUGACAUCGGAGCACGAGUCGACACCCUUGUCGCCACACUCACCUCGGUCUCCCGCAACGCCCGUUUCCUCGCGGCCCUUACGCUCGCCCAGCUCGUUGCUAGCGCUGGCGGGUACCAGCACGUUGUGGCUGUGCGCUCGCUCGCUGCGCUCGAGACGUUCCUCGCUGGCCAGGCCCUGCGCGAUGUCGAGGACAUCGAGACGCCUCUCAGCGACAACCUCAUCAAGGCAGUCGUCCACAAGCCCUCGGCGGGCAAGACGCAGCAGCGCGUCUACCUUGCGCUCCUGACUUCGGCUGUCGCAGUUCCUCCCUCGCCCAACAUCCUUACAACUGUGCUCGGUGACGUUGAUGCCUCGUCCCCAGAGGGCCAGACCCGCAUCAUCGCCGAGGCGCUCUACCGCUGGGCGAACAGCUCCAACCUUUCCACGGCCGUCGCAAAGCAUCUUCUCCACUCGGUAUUCACCCAGCUCGGUGAGGACGCACUCGUCUUCCUUGCCUCCGUGUGGACGAACCCAGAGAUCAUCUCUGCACUCCGCAUUGCGGCUCUCCGCCACGCUGAGGCGUUCGUCAAGGCGUACACCAGCGCUAAGUCUACCGACUUCCAGCUCGUCAUCCCUGCGACCCUCAUCGCACUCCAGGACGAGGCCAAGCCCGUCCGUCAGGCGGCUGCCGCUCUUGUGCGCGCCAUUUCGGCGACUCCCCAGUCGUCUAACGCCGACAUCUACGCGCUCGAGUCUAUCUACGGCUCUCGCUCGGGCCUCACUCAGCUUCUCAAGCAGUCCGACCUCACCAAGUACCUGGAGACAAUCACGCGUGCUCUUGACGAGAUGGUGAUUGACGCGAGCCGCCUGGCCCUUGUACAGGGUCAGCAGCUCGACCUGCAGAGCAAGAACGGCCGGAAGGACAUGCUGUACCGCCGCGGCGUUGUCGACUGGCUCAUGUCCCACGUCCUCGGUUGGCGUGCCGACAGCCCUCGUCGCGCACUCCUCUCCAGCCUCGACCGCGCCGUCAACAUCUCGUGCCUUCAGGGGGCAUUACCUCUUCUCCAGCCGCUCCUCGACUCGAGCAACGACGAGGACAAGUGGCUCGCUAGCCUCCCGGCCUCCCACCGCGCAGAGUACCUCGAGCUCGUAUUCAACUCGUUCAACGCUCGCAAUGCCGCCGCUGUCACCAGCGAGGAGGGCGAGCCGUGGAAGUUCCUCCUCGCUCUCGAGGACGAGUGCGCUGGUACUGGCCUCGAGAUCCGCGCUCUGUCCUUGCAGCGCAUGGCGGACGGGCUCUUUGCGGCCCUCCGCCCAACCCAGAAGGUCCAGUACAUUGUCAAGCUCAUCCAGUCCUUGCAUGCGCUUCCCAUCAACGACAAGUUUGCGUCGAAGGAGACUCUCGCCCAGCUGCCCCUCAGCACUGUCGAGGCCAGCAGCACAAUCCAGGCGCUCCUGGAGCCCCUCGAGGCCUCGCACCCUCGCAGCAAGAAAGUCAAGCACGACGAUGCUGCCGACACGACCGAACAGGCGAUCGCCGACCUCACCGUAUUCAUCACCUCGCGCGACUGGAAGGACCUGCCCGGCGACGCCAACCUCGUCGCCGUGCUCAUGGGUGUUCUCUCCGCAGUGCUUUCCAAGCGCCAGUCGAUCAAGGAGGGUGUCGACUACCUCGAGCAGGAGGUGCUCGGUGCGACGCUCGCCCAGCUCGAGAAGAUCCAGGAUGCUGGUGAGAUUAUGCGCGCGCGCGUUGGCAUCGAAGCGAUCGUCAAGGUUAUCCGCGCGUCGUCAAACCCUCGCACCGCGCAGCGUGCCCUCCUCGUCGCGUCCGAGCUUGCGCGUCUCAUCCCCGACUCUGUCCUCCACAACGUCAUGCCCAUCUUCACGUUCAUGGGCAGCUCGGAGCUGCAGCGCGACGACGCGUACUCGUUCGGCGUGGUCGAGAAGACGGUCGAGCGUAUUGUGCCUGUCAUGACUGCGUCGCUCAAGGACAAGGCGGCCACCAAGCACGAGCUGUACACGCAGAGUCUCGCCUUCCUGUCGAUCUUCACAGACAUGGCCGGCCGCCUGCCCAAGCACCGCACCCUGCCGUUCUUCGUGCACCUGGUCAAGAGCCUCGGUGCCGACGACUUCCUCGCGCCAGUGUGCAUGCUCCUCGCCACGCGUGGAAAGGCCGACGCCAUCGAGCUGCCUCUUUCGCUGGCGGCUUCGUUCCCUGCCGCGGUCCGCACCGAGGCUCUCCUCGAUAUCAUCAACGAAGCCACCAGCGCCACCGAGAACGAGGAGGAAGAGGGGCCCACAUUCCUCCCUGUCGGAGAGCAGACGGCCUCGACCCUUCUCCUCCUGGCCGGCGGCUUUGCCCGUGGCCUUUUGGGCAAGGUGUGCCCGCAGGCAUCGCUCGAGAAGAUCGUGCGCAAUCUCAUUGCUCUUGCGCCCGAGCUCGACGACGACGAGGCCUCAGAGCACCUCGAGGUGGCACUUGGCAGCGUCAUGCGCCUCCUCUCGGUCGACUCGUUCCUCGAGAUCACGGCCCAGAUCCUCGCAACCGACACCGAGGCUGACAUCAACCGCUCGCUCGACCUCUUCAGCCAGCGCCUCGCCCUCAUCAAGCCCGAGCUCCGCCAGCGCUCCAAGUCGAUGGCGACAAUCAUCUCCAAGUCCGCGGGGCUCCUCGACGGUCCCAGCGGACAGCACGCCCUGCGCGCGCUCGAGCGCGUCGUCGCCACCGCUAUUCCUUCGGAGGACUCGGCGCUCGCGGCAAUCGUCAACCCCGUUGUCAAGGCUGCCCGCGCUGCCGACGCCGAUUGUGCAGCUGGCAUCCUCACUCUCCUCUCGGCCCUCAUCCGUCGCCUCGGCUCGCGCACCAUCCCCUUUGUCCAGGCGAUCCUCGACGCGUGCCUCUCGCUCAUCGGCUCAACCGAGCCCCUCACCGCCGCUGCGGCGUUCGGUGCUCUCGCCGCCCUCGUCGAGACCGUCCCGACCUUUAUCUCGUCCAAGCAGCUUGUCUCGCUUCUGGGCGCUGCUGCCGCCUACCGCGGCGCGGACGAGGCCGCUUCGGCGACGCUCAUCGCGGCGGCUGCCAAGCGCGUCCCGACCAAGACUCUCAUCCCCGUCGUCAUGGACCUGUGGAAGGCGAUCAAGGGCGGCGAUGCGGCACCGACCGAGGCUUUCUUCGCACUCCUUCGCCAUGCCCUCCGCAACGCCGACCGCAAGGUGCUGCCCGGCCUCACCAAGCAGCUCUUCGCCUUCUUCCUCGACGUGUUCGACCUGCGCCACCGCGCCGCCGCCAAGCUCGAGCUCGCCACUGUCGACCGCGUUGAGACGAGCGCCAUCAACAGCUUCCUCGAGCUUGUCACCAAGCUCUCGGACGCGGCGUUCAAGCCUCUCUUCGUGCGCCUGUAUGACUGGGCUGUCGUCGACCUCUCAGCCGGCGUGGCGGACGCGCAUGUCAUCGCCCGCCGCAUCAUCCUCUUGCACGUCAUGGACGGCCUGCUGGACCGCUUCCGUCACCUCCUUACCCCGUACAUGGCCACGUUGCUGCCGCUCGUCGACGAGCUCCUCGCGGCGUACAAGACCGGAGAGGUUGCCGACUACGGUCUCUGGGCGCUCCUCCUCUCGGUCCUCGCCAAGAGCAUGGAUGUCGACGAUGGCGCGUACUGGACCGACGCCGGACUGCUCAAGCUCCUCCCGGCUGUCGUUGCCCAGCUCGCGCUUACCGACGACGAGCUCGCGGUCGCUGCGGCUGGCGCAGACUCGCCGCCUGCCAAGACUCUUGCGGCUCUGGCGGCUGCUACGACCUCGGAGACGACGCUCAAGAAGGUCAACGGCACUGUCUGCCUUGCCACCCGCGCCGACGAGCCCAAGGCCCGCAUGGCCACCCUCCGCGCUCUCGACGCUAUGUGGGAGCGCCACUCUGACGAGCUUAUCCAGUUCGUGCCAGAGACCGUUGCCGAGUUCCUCGUCGAGCUCCUCGAGGACGAGAACCUCGAGGUUGAGGGCCUCGCCCGCAAGGUGCUCGCCCGUAUUGAGGGCGUCACUGGCUCGCUCAAGGAAUACCUCGAGUAA